CUCUCUCGCGGCCCGCUCUUACAAGUUCUGGGCGUCUAAGGCCAAGGUGGAAGCGACUGGGUAGAAGCGCUCGCAGAGACACCUUGGCGCGUCUAAGUACGCGACAUGUCACCCUCCAUCGCAGAGAUAGAGCAGUCGAGGCGGCAUCGACAUGACGAUCCAUCUAUCGCCAACAGGCUGUUGUUUGCGACGACAACUUAACACCGUUUUGCCGCCAUGGGGGUUCCAUAUUCUGUCACACCUUGCCGAGAUCACCAUCAAUCGUCCCCUUUUUCUGCUUCGCCCCCUUCUCUGACGCCUGCCCACGGCGCGUGUGGUCAGCAAAGCCAAGGCCGUGGCUGCCGCCUCUACGUGUCUAGCGUCCAUGACAUUAUCCGCCUGGAAUGUGCCAAGGUCCCGACGGUCGGAGAUGGACCUCGCUCGGCCGUGAUCUGCAGGAUGGUUGAACCUCAUUCCGGAGAAAUACCGAUGUGAAGGACGGUUCCCAAGACCUCAACAUCCCCAGUGUGCGCCAGUUCUUGGAAUUUCUCCUGGAUUCAAUACACAGCCAUCUGAAGCGAAAGUGCACCGUUACGACUUUUAUCACUCUCACAAUGAGCAAAAUGGUCGAAAGUCAGCCACAGGAUUCGAGCGAGAACGAACAGUAUGGCUACAAGGCAGAUACGGGCCUCUCCAAGUCGCUGAUGCGGCGAUGGGAAGGAGUUAUCGAUCUCAGCCUCGCCAACAUCCCACUCCUGGCAUGCUGCUUCAUCACCGGACUCCUGGACACGACCAUGUUCCAAGCAUACGGCACCUUCGUCUCCAUGCAGACAGGCAACACGAUCUUCCUGGCCCUCGGCGCGUCCAACCAGAACAUCAAGCCCUACGACUGGGCCCGCUCGCUCUGCUCCAUCGGCUGCUUCGCCAUCGGCGCCGUCUUCUUCAGCCGCCUCCACAGGCGCCUGGUCCCGCGGCCCACGCAGCGCGGCGUGCUGACCCUGGGCUUCCUGGCCCAGGCCGCGUGCGUGUGCGUCGCCGCCGCGCUGGCCGAGGCCGGCGCCGUCAACCAGCGCCAGGAGGAGGGCGAGCACACCGACUGGCGCGAGAUGGCGCCCAUCGCCCUCCUCAGCUUCCAGGCCGCCGGCCAGAUCGUUGCCAGCCGCGUGCUGGGCGUUAACGAGGUUCCCACAGUUGUCAUCACCAGCCUCAUGUGCGACCUAAUGUCCGACCCGAAGCUUCUGUCGAGACCUGUGUUCACUGGGAAUCGCAAGAGGAACAACAGAGUGGCCGGCUUUGUGCUGACGCUGGUCGGGAGCAUCAUCGGAGGCUGGAUGUUGAAGGCCACCGGGCAGAUCCAGCCUGUCCUAUGGUUUGUCUUUGCCAUGAAGUUUGUCAUCAGCAUUGGGUGGGUUUUCUGGAAGGGGCAAGACCCCAAAGAAGGCGCUGUGUAA